AUGUGGAGAAGCUCUGCAAGUUGCCCCUCCAAGUUCCUCUGGAACGGCUCUGUAUUAUCGCCUUCUUCACUUUCCACUCUCAGGAGCUCCCGUUCUGUUUCGAAUUCCGUUUUCCCAUUGUCGUCCAUUCCCGCCGCUGCCCCGCCUCAUUCGCCUUCGGAUCCUUCAAAACUAGGGUUUCUGCCGGGGAGAUCAGAUGGGAUCCGAGCUCUAUCCUCAGUUCCCUCCCCUGCCGCUGUUGAUGUCCCUUCGUUGACAUAUGGAGUUCAAUUGGCUCGUCAGUACGGCCGCUGCUUCUGGGAGCUCUCCAAAGCUCGCCUCAGUAUGCUGGUCGUUGCAACUUCAGGAACGGGGUAUGUUCUAGGGAGCGGGAGUGCAGUGGAUUUCACGGGACUUUGUUGGACUUGUGCUGGUACAAUGAUGGUUGCAGCUUCUGCCAACUCAUUGAAUCAGGUCUUUGAGGUCAAGAACGAUGCCUUAAUGAAAAGGACAAGAAAUAGGCCGCUUCCUUCUGGGCGGAUGACAGUUCCCCAGGCAGUGGCUUUUGCAUCUUCAGUUGGCUUGGCUGGAACUGCUUUGUUGGCAUGCAAGGCUAAUAUGAUGGCGGCAGGGUUAGCAGCAUCCAACCUGGUCUUAUAUGCAUUUGUAUACACCCCAUUGAAACAGAUCCACCCAGUCAACACGUGGGUUGGAGCAGUUGUUGGUGCCAUUCCACCACUUCUGGGGUGGGCUGCUGCUUCUGGUGGUCAGAUUUCCCUCAACUCAAUUAUUCUCCCUGCUGCACUCUACUUUUGGCAAAUCCCCCAUUUCAUGGCACUUGCAUAUAUGUGUCGGCAUGACUAUGCUGCUGGAGGGUACAAGAUGCUCUCCCUUGCCGACACCACUGGCCGAAGAACUGCCCUGGUGGCGUUGAGGAAUUGCAUUUAUCUGGUUCCUUUGGGGUUUAUGGCGUAUGAAUGGGGUAUGGCUUCUGGGUGGUUUUGUCUGGAAUCAUCGGUUCUGACCCUAGCAAUUGCUGCAUCGGCAUUUUCAUUCUACCGGGAACCAACAACAGAGAAGGCAAGGAAGAUGUUUCAUGCCAGCCUUCUAUACCUUCCCAUAUUCAUGGCCGGGAUUCUCCUUCACCGACAAACAGAGAUGUCAACUGACGAGCUUCCAUCUUCCAUGACUGCGGAAAUUGAAGAUAGGGAAGGCUUGAGAAGCAGAAACCAGGCAAAGAAGAAGGAACAACUGGAUGGUUCAGAUUUUGGCUCACGAGUCCGCGCACCAGUAGCUUAUGCUUCUGUUGCACCUUUCCCUUUCCUUCCGGCCCCUUCAUAUGCAUAUUAUUCAUAG